AUGUGUCCUGCAAGAGUUUCAACUACCACUUCUAAUACUUCCAUCAAUGGAACUAAUAUUAAUAAUUACAAUGGUAACCCUUCUUUGAAGAAACAAAAAUUAUCUAUGGAAGAUCAAUUGUUAAGCCAAUUAAAUUGGGAUGGUUCUAAGGAUUCCAGUUUGAUCAAUAUUAAGCAUAAUCCUUCUGCUGCUAUCUUGUACGAAGAUGCUUUGAAGGAACCCAAAACUGUUAUUUCUUCUUCUGGUGCUUUGAUUGCUUACUCAGGUGCUAAAACUGGUAGAUCGCCAAAGGAUAAAAGAAUUGUUUAUGAAGAUGGUUCAAAAGAUAAUGUUUGGUGGGGACCAGUUAAUAAGCCUUGUUCUGAAAAGACAUGGCAAAUCAAUAGAGAGAGAACUUUGGAUUAUUUAGGUACAAGAAGUAAUCUAUAUGUGAUCGAUGCCUAUGUGGGAUGGGAUCCAAGAUAUAGAUUGAAAGUAAGAGUCGUUUGUGCAAGAGCUUAUCAUGCUUUAUUCAUGACAAAUAUGUUAAUUAGACCAACUGAAGAAGAAUUGAAAAAUUUCAACGAGCCUGACUUCACUGUUUGGAAUGCUGGUGGAUUCUCUGCUAAUUCUUAUACUGCCGAUAUGACUUCCAAGACUUCUGUUGAAAUUAAUUUCAAGGCAAUGGAAAUGAUUAUUUUAGGUACUGAAUAUGCUGGUGAAAUGAAAAAAGGUAUAUUCACCGUUAUGUUUUACUUAAUGCCGAUUCAUCAUAAUAUUUUAACUUUACAUUCAUCGGCAAAUGAAGGUAUUGAAAAGAAGGAUGUAACUGUUUUCUUUGGGUUAAGUGGUACUGGUAAGACAACUUUAUCUGCUGAUCCAAAUCGUCUUUUAAUUGGUGAUGAUGAACAUUGUUGGUCUGAUCAUGGUGUUUUCAAUAUUGAAGGUGGUUGUUAUGCAAAAUGUAUCGGUUUGACAAGAGAAAAAGAACCUGAAAUCUUUGAUGCUAUUAGAUUUGGCUCUGUUUUGGAAAAUGUUACCUACAAUGAAUUAAAUCAUAAAGUUGAUUAUAAUGAUUGUGCAAUUACUGAAAAUACAAGAUGUGCUUAUCCAAUAGAUUACAUUAAAAGUGCAAAGAUUCCAUGUUUAGCAAACUCUCAUCCAAAAAAUUUAAUUUUAUUAACUUGUGAUGCUUCAGGUGUGUUACCACCAGUAUCAAAACUAACUCCAGAACAAGUGAUGUAUCAUUUUAUUUCGGGUUACACUUCUAAAAUGGCUGGUACAGAGCAAGGUGUUACUGAACCUGAAGCUACUUUUUCAUCAUGCUUUGGCCAACCUUUCUUGGCUUUACAUCCAAUUACUUAUGCAACUAUGUUGGCUAAAAAGAUGGAUCAAUAUAAAUCAAAUGCCUGGUUGAUUAACACAGGUUGGACUGGUUCCUCUUAUUCUGCAGGUGGCAGUCGUUGUCCAUUGAAAUAUACAAGAGCUAUUUUAGAUGCAAUUCAUGAUGGUACUUUAGCAAAUGAAAAUUAUGAAACUUUACCUGUUUUCAAUUUGCAAAUUCCUACUCAUGUCAAUGGUGUUCCUAAUGAAAUUUUAAACCCUGAAAAUUCUUGGAAUUCACCGGCCAAUAAGAAUAACAUAAGUUACAAUAAGGCAGUUAAUAAACUAGCUGCUUUAUUUGUCGAAAAUUUUAAAAUAUAUCAAGAUAAAGCAACUGAUGAUGUGCUUGCAGCUGGUCCUCAAGUUUAA